AUGAAGUAUCUUCUAUCCCUUCUGGGACUCCCCUUUGUCCUUGGUGUUAGCUAUGCAUCAGGCGCCGAUUCCUUGAUUGGCACAUCGAUCAGCACCUCCUUGGGGACGUUUGACUUGACCACUGGUGCCGCUUGUGCCUGCAAGAAGCUUUCAACCUUGUAUCCAAGUCAGUUUAUUUCUCCCAAUUCAUCAAGCUACGAGUCCCAGUCCACAUAUUAUUGGGAUAUUCGCGCGGAUCUGAGUCCAGCUUGUAUUUUCUUGCCGGAAACCGACUAUCAAGUUGCUACCGCUGUCAAGACCUUUGUCAAGUGUGAUGCUCAGUUUGCCGUUCGAGGCGGUGGCCACAUGAACUUCCCCGGAUCUAAUAAUAUCGAUGGUGGUGUUCUAUUGGCGUUCAAUAAUAUGAAAAACUUCAAGAUCAAUGAUGACACAAUCGAAGUCCAACCUGGGAUGACCUGGUACGAUGUGUACUCGGCACUUGAUCCAUACGGUCGGGCAGCUAUUGGUGGCCGUCUGAAGACAAUCGGUGUUCCUGGACUCACGCUCAUCGGCGGCGUGUCUUACUUUAUUAAUAAGUAUGGCUUUGCGAUGGACAAUGUCGCUAGCUACGAUGUGGUUCUCGGGAAUGGGACCCAGGUAGUUGCAAACUCGACCUCCCAUCCCGAUCUCUUCUGGGCACUGAAGGGCGGUGCGAACAACUUCGGAAUCAUUACUAAAUUUACCUUAAAGACCUAUUCUAUGCCACAUAUCAGUACCACCAUCCAGGUCUUCAACGAAAGUUCAGCCUAUGAUUUCACUCGGGCUGUCUGUGACUGGGCCACUGGUGACAGCGAAAGCCCUGUUGCUGCUGGAUCUGUGAUUACUACCACCUACAACGCCACGACAAAGGUCUUGGAACCGAUGAUCCUAGGCGUCCAGGCCGGCAUCAGUAAUCCGCCGUCUGAAUUUUCGAAUUUUACUGCUAUCGCGGGCGUCUCCAAGACACACAACGUUACCACAUCUAAGCAGUGGGCCUCGGGUCUUGACUCACCUAAGCAAAUGUUCCGUGUUAUGUUUGCUCAUCAUUCAAUGGUUCCUGACGCAGAUGUUCUAUACGGAAUGAUGCAGAAAUGGAAAGAGUCAGUUGAUGAAAUCGCAGAUGUUCAAGGGCUCUACCCGACAUUCGUGAUGAAUAUCUCACCUGCUAGCGCUGCCAGAGUGGCUAUGAAGAAUGGCGUGGGCAAUACGUGGGGUCUUCAAGAUGAGCCACUGAUCUGGUGGCAACUCAGCACCGGCUGGGAUCUUGAGCAGGAUGAUCUUCGUGUUGAGGGUUGGGCUCGCCAGUUAACAGAGCACCUGCAUGGAUUGAACAAGAAGAAGGGGCUUGCUAGAGAGUUUGUUUACAUGGGGGAUGCAGGCGAGUGGCAAGAUCCGUUUUCUGGCUUUGCUCCUGAGAAUGUUGAACGAAUGAGAGAGAUUAGAAAUGCCUACGACCCCAAAAAGACAUUCUCUAAAUUGAACUGGGGCGGUUUCAAGCUUGGCUACUAA